ACCAUGCAAAAAAUACAACACUUAUAAUAAUCAACAUUCAAAAUGGCGCGAACGAAGCAAACAGCUAGAAAAUCUACAGGAGGCAAGGCGCCUAGAAAACAACUCGCCACCAAGGCGGCGAGAAAAAGCGCCCCAGCUACUGGGGGUGUGAAAAAACCCCACAGAUACCGCCCUGGGACCGUAGCGUUACGAGAAAUCAGGAGAUACCAAAAAAGUACAGAGUUACUUAUAAGGAAGCUACCCUUCCAAAGACUGGUUAGGGAGAUAGCGCAGGAUUUCAAAACGGAUUUGCGUUUCCAAAGCUCUGCUGUGAUGGCUUUGCAGGAAGCGAGCGAAGCGUAUUUGGUUGGACUUUUCGAGGAUACCAAUUUAUGUGCAAUUCACGCCAAAAGGGUCACCAUUAUGCCCAAGGAUAUACAGUUAGCUAGAAGAGUUCGCGGUGAAAGGGCUUGAAGAAUGAAGAUUAUUUGACGCAGAACGAUAGUGGUAUAUUGAGAUGUUGUUACAUAAAUUAAAUCAUAUAUGGUUAUUUUAUUUCUCUAUUUAGAUGUAGGACAAAAGCUCUUUUGAGGGCUGCAUAA